AUGUUGGUAACAAGCGCUUCAGAGAGUUUGGUGGGUGAUCCCCUGGCGCUUUUUGUUCAACUUGGCCCUUCGGUCUACAUGCAUGAUCCGAAAUCGGGCACUGCUCCCAAUGAUGGUCAGCCGGUGAUCCUCCUUGCAUUCUGGAUGGAUGCGCCCGCUCGUGCACUAUCCAAAUACGUCGUUGAAUAUACUCGCAUAGUUCCAUCCGCGCGAAUCAUAUUCCUGCGCAGCGCAUCCAAUGAUUUCUUCCUCCAUGCAACAGCUAGAGCGCAGCAGGCUCGACUGGGGCCCGCGAUCGCAGCUCUCCGCAGUUCCGUGACCCCCGACUGUCCCGUGUUUAUGCAUAUCUUCUCCAACGGAGGUUUAUUCCGGACUACACAUCUGCUUAAAGCCUAUCGUCAGGCUACAGGGAGACCACUUCCGAUCUCAUCCAUGGUCAUUGAUAGCGCGCCCGGCACUGCGAGUAUAAUAGCUGCAAUGAAAGCAUUCUCCUUUGCAAUGCCCCGAUUCUGGAUCUUGCGCUGGUUGAGUAAGGGCAUCUUGUUGAUGAUGCUCGCCGUCAUCAAGCUCUAUCAGACAAGUUUCCGGAUUCCCAAUGCAAUAAAAGUUGCCCGGGAGGAGAUCAAUGAUCAAAACCUUGUUCAGCCUGCAAAUGCAGAGGGAACACUCACUCGGUGCUAUAUCUACUCUAGUACUGACGAGCUCGUGGACUGGCGAGAUAUUGAGAGACACGCGUCAGAUUCGGAGGCUUGCGGUUGGACAGUCCAUCGCGAGAGAUUCCACGGAACGCCUCAUGUAGGCCACAUGCGAGUGCAGCCCGAAAGAUACUGGUCCAUAAUUCGGGAGCAUUUGCAACUGAAGAAGCCUAAGCAAUGA